CCCAAAAAAGUGUGCGUUUUUCUUCAUUUUGAAAAGCCCCCUCCCUAACUCUCCCCAAAAGUCAACGCCCCCCUUCCCUCUAUCCUCCAACCCAGCUUCUUCUUCUUUUUCACAUCUUCUUUCUCUUUCCCCUGACAGUUUAAGAGCAAAGAUAAGAGCAAAGAAGAGAGAAACAAGGAGAAAGAAAAACUUCUUUUAUUUUUUUAUUUUUUUUAGUUAUGGGUAACGGUUUCGGUAAAUUAACCGUGUGCUUCACCGGCGGAGGUGGAUAUGGCGGGGAAGAAGCUCGUCGUAGAAAGGAAAUCUCCAUGUUCUUAUCGGAUCCCCUCGAUGAAGGACUCGGUCACUCUUUCUGCUACGUCAGACCUGAUCCGACCCGACUCUCUUCGUCCAAGGUCCAUUCCGAAGAAUCCACCACGACUUUCCGUACGAUCUCGGGGGCCUCCGUUAGCGCCAACACGUAUACGCCGCUUUCGACGGCGCUGGUGGACCCGUACGUCAGUUACAACAACAGCUGCUUCGAUCGAGCCGCGGCUUUCGAGAGCACGACGUCGUUUUCCUCGAUCCCGCUGCAACCGAUUCCGAAGAAUUUAAUGAACUCUUCGGGUCCGAUGUCGGGUAGCCUCGUUCCGGGUUCAGGUCCUUUAGAAAGAGGGUUCAUGUCGGGUCCGAUUGAGAGAGGGUUCAUGUCGGGUCCCCUUGAUAAUAUUAAUAAUAAUAAUUAUAAUCGCGGGUUAUUUUCGGGUCCACUCGAAAAAGGCUUUUCCGAUCAGUUCCAAAGAAGCUUUUCCCAUGGAGCUUUUGCUUUUAAAACCAGAUCGAAAAAAGGAUCUUUAAUUCGGGUCCUCCAAAGAGCCAUCUCAAAAACCAUGUCUCGUGGCCAAAAUUCCGUCGUGGCUCCAAUUAAAGGUGUCGUUUCGGUUAAAGAACCCGAAUGGGCAAUCGGGUCAGAAAAGAACCCGAUUCAUCCUCACAAUGAGAAUUUGACGGUCAGUAGUUUGAAUCUGAGCAGUGAAGGUAGUUUAGAUGAUGAUGAGUCAAUGGAAAGUCAAAAUCUUCAAUGGGCUCAGGGCAAAGCAGGUGAGGAUCGGGUACACGUCGUCGUUUCGGAGGAACAUGGAUGGGUUUUUGUUGGGAUUUAUGAUGGAUUCAACGGCCCUGAUGCUCCUGAUUACUUGCUGACAAAUCUUUACUCGAAUGUUCAUAAAGAACUGAAGGGCUUGUUAUGGGAUGAUGGCUUUGAACAAGCCCCUGCUAGUUCCCCUGAAGAAGAAAAACAGAGUAGCGAACGGGAACCGGCUAGGGGUUGUUCCGAUUAUGCCUGUUCCCGGUGUAUGGAGCAAGAGUAUUAUCCCUGUGAGAAAGAAGUUGAUUCCGAUUUGAUUUCGAGUUCAAAAAAGAGAAAAGGAAGGAAUUUGAAAGGAAAGUAUAAAGGCGCAGCGAAGAGGUGGGAAGAGAACCAAAGGAGGUGGAAGUGUGAAUGGGAUAGGGAAAGAUUAGAACUUGAUAGGAAAUUAAAGGAACAGUUGAGUAGAAAUAAGUCUGAUGGAUCCAGAUCAAUGAUAAAUCAUGGUGAUGUUUUGAAAGCUCUGUCUCAGGCUUUGCAAAAAACAGAGGAGUCUUAUUUGGAUAUUGCUGAUAAGAUGUUGAUGGAGAAUCCAGAGUUGGCCUUGAUGGGUUCUUGUGUGCUUGUUAUGUUGAUGAAAGGUGAGGAUGUUUAUGUGAUGAAUGUCGGGGAUAGUAGGGCAGUUUUGGCACAAAAGGCGGAGCCGGAUUAUUGGUUGGGGAAGGUCAGACAGGAUUUGGAGAGGAUUAAAGAAGAAACAUUGCAUGAUCUUGAAGGUUUUGAUGGAGAGAGAUCUAGUGCAAUUCCUGAUUUAACUGCUUUUCAGCUAAGUGUGGAUCAUAGCACCAGUGUUGAAGAGGAAGUUCAGAGAAUAAUAAAUGAACAUCCGGAUGAUGCUUACGCAGUGAUGAAUGACCGGGUUAAAGGUUCUUUGAAGGUCACUCGAGCUUUUGGUGCUGGUUUUCUGAAACAGCCUAAAUGGAAUAAUGCACUUUUAGAGAUGUUCAGAAUAGAUUACAAGGGAACUUCACCAUAUAUCACUUGUGUACCGUCUCUCCACCACCACAAAUUAGGUCCCAAGGACCGAUUUUUGAUAUUAUCCUCUGAUGGACUCUAUCAAUAUCUAACAAAUGAGGAGGCUGUGUCUGAGGUUGAACUUUUCAUCACAUUGCAGCCUGAAGGAGAUCCUGCUCAGCAUCUUGUUGAGGAAGUGCUGUUCCGAGCUGCGAAGAAAGCUGGCAUGGACUUUCACGAGUUACUUGAAAUACCACAAGGGGAUAGAAGACGGUACCAUGAUGAUGUUUCCAUAAUAGUUAUUUCUUUAGAGGGAAGGAUAUGGAGAUCUUGUGUAUAAGUAGAGAAAAACCACAGAUAGAAGAUAUAGAGACAUCUGCCAAAAAGUUCGGGCACUUCCUUUUUGCUGUUCUUUUUUUUCCCUGGUCACCUUUGUAACAUAACACCUAAGCUCCUUGGAGGUUCGAGGAACUGAGUUGUGAAUUGUACUGGGUGGUGAGGUGUGUAAAGGUGUAAAAGCUGGUUCAUGUUCAUUAUAAACUGUCAUAGAAAUUGUAAUUUUCUACUAAUAAAUGACAUUCCUUUUUGAAAAGGGUUUUGUUCUUCA